AUGACUACUCAGAUCACGCCGUCAAAGCAGGCGGCUGCAAGCCUCGAGACCCUUAAGAUGAAAGAUAGUCCCGUCAAGAAGCUGGACUUCAAUCCCGAGAACAAGGAGAACAUGCCUGAGGCUGUUGAGUCCAUUGUUCCCACAGACAUCACUGCCACAAAACCUGUCCUAGAACUUCAGGCUACAGAACCAGCUGCACCUGUUGCAAAGACUAUCAAAGAGCUAGAAGCCGAGGAGCCCCUUCUGAAAGAGAAUCCUCACCGAUUUGUGCUUUUCCCUCUCCAAUAUCAUGAGAUCUGGAACAUGUACAAGCGUGCCGAAGCUUCAUUCUGGACAGCUGAGGAGGUCGACCUCUCCAAGGAUCUUCACGACUGGCACAACCGCCUCAAUGACGAUGAACGAUACUUCAUUUCACAUGUCCUCGCAUUCUUCGCAGCUUCCGACGGCAUUGUCAACGAAAAUCUGCUAGAACGUUUCAGCACUGAGGUCCAGGUACCAGAGGCACGAUGCUUCUAUGGUUUCCAAUGCGCCAUGGAAAACAUUCAUUCCGAGAUGUACAGCUUGUUGAUCGACACAUACAUCAAUGACCCCAAACAGAAGACAUAUCUCUUUGAUGCCAUCGAUACCAUUCCCUGCAUCCGAAAGAAAGCAGAUUGGGCCAUGAAAUGGAUCUCAGACAAAGACUCAUCUUUUGCUCAACGUCUUGUUGCCUUUGCCGCCGUCGAGGGUAUCUUCUUCUCCGGCUCAUUCGCUUCCAUCUUCUGGUUGAAGAGCAAAGGCCUGAUGCCCGGUUUGACUUUCUCCAAUGAAUUGAUUUCCCGUGACGAGGGUAUGCACACAGAUUUCGCCUGCCUGUUGCUACAGCACCUCAACCACAAGCCAGAGCCCAAGCUCAUUGAGCGAAUCAUCACUGAAGCCGUUGAAAUUGAGAAGGAGUUCUUGACUGACGCCCUUCCCUGUGCGCUACUCGGCAUGAACGCCAAGCUGAUGCAACAAUACAUUGAGUUCGUCGCUGAUCGCCUUCUCUUGUCCAUGGGCAACAAGCGUUUCUACAACUCCCAGAACCCUUUCAGCUUCAUGGAGAACAUCUCGCUAGCUGGCAAGACCAACUUCUUCGAGAAACGCGUUGGAGACUACCAAAAGGCCGGUGUUAUGUCAGGAACCAAGAAGCAAGAGGAGAAAGCCUCGACGCCUGGCGAGGAGAAGACGGAGAAUGACAGCAAUGGCAUCAACUUUGACGAGGACUUUUAG